UUGUCAUAUGUAGACUAUAGGGACUACAAUACAUUUAAUCAGAAUGUUUAUAUAUUUUUUUAAAAUUCUGAUUACAAAACUGGAUCGUGACUGUGAAUAAAUAUUAUAAUAUAUCUACUUAAUUGAUCUUUAUAAAUUUUUCGACAAUAUAUUUUGAAAAAAAUCGAACACAUAAGACUAGAAAUUUAGAUACUCAUAUCGAGUAUAUUUAUAGGUUCGAUACUUACUAACUUUACACCGUAUCAACGCCGCAUAAGAGAUGAACAUGUUUUGUUUAACUAAUUGUGUUAAACACUUUUUAAAAAUAUGUUUUCAAAAGAAGUACGUAAUUUUCUCUGCGAUAGUUAUUGUUAGCCAGUUGCUGCAUUCGGUUAACGCGAUAGAAGUAUUAUGGGCUGUAAAUUGCGGAGGAGACGAACACACCGACAUUCACGGAAUUCACUAUCAAGCUGAUCCGUUAGAUAUAGGACACCGCUCCGACUUUGGUAAGAGUCUUAUGAUUCAAAGAGUAGUACCGCAAGAUCAAAUUCUUUAUCAAACUGAACGGUACCACAUCAGCACAUUUGGCUACGAUAUCCCUGUGUACCGCGAUGGUGAUUAUGUGAUUGUAUUAAAAUUCAGUGAAGUCUGGUUUUCAUCACCAAAUCAAAAGGUAUUUGAUGUUGUUUUAAAUGGUGAACAUACUGUUGUUAGUGAACUUGACAUUUUUUCAAGAGUUGGUAGAGGUGUUGCACAUGAUGAAGUAAUUCCUUUUUCGAUAAGAGGAGGAAAACUGAGAGUAAAUGGAGAGACGUCUCAAGUUGAUGGGAAUAAAAUUUCAGUGGAAUUUAUAAAGGGUGAUAUGGAUAACCCCAAAGUAAAUGCCAUAUAUGUUAUGAAGGGUACAAUAGAUGAUGUUCCCAAACUUGCCGCCAUGCCUGGAGCUGAUUUGCCUGAAGAUGAAGAAGAAGAUGAUGAAGAAUCUCAUAGUACAAAGCCCCAAAAAUCCAGAAAACCAUCAGGUCCCAAAAUCAAAGAUCCAUAUGCUGCUGAUGAUACUAGUGCAAUGCUUCUACCUGUAUUUGUGGCCAUAGGAGCUUUUAUUCCAUUGUUAUACUGUCUGUGUAAAUUAUAAACUUGAUUAUUUAAGUAUCAUAUUCAUUACCCAUUCAAUUUGGUGUCUUUCUUAAAGGAUACAUUUUUUUAGACAGUUAAUGCUUAUCGUAACUAAUGUUACUUAGUCUUAAAAUUCUUAUCAAUUGCAUUAAGAUGUGUGGUUUAUAAAUUUGGCAAAGGCUGGGAUGACCCCUAGAUUAUUUGUUUGGGGCUUCCACAUUUUGUUUUCAAACUAAAAUAAAUUCAACUUUUUUCUGGCUUUUCUUUCUACUAGUUAGCUAAAACUUUGAAAUCACAAGCUUGUUUUUUUUAAAUUGUCCAGUAACUGAUGAAUGAGUUGUUUCCCAUGAAAUGUGUGAACAUGAGAUGUCAUUGAUGCCUGCUCCCAACUUAUAAAUGUAACAUUGAUAAUGGUUGAUUAUCUAAAGUCAACAGAGGCAAGUUUCAUCUGAUGUGUCAUGCCUGCUCCCAACUUAUAAAUGUAACAUUGAUAAUGGUUGAUUAUCUAAAGUCAGCAGAGACAAGUUUCAUCUGAUGUGUCAUGCCUGCUCCCAACUUAUAAAUGUAACAUUGAUAAUGGUUGAUUAUCUAAAGUCAGCAGAGACAAGUUUCAUCUGAUGUGUCAUGCCUGCUCCCAACUUAUAAAUGUAACAUUGAUAAUGGUUGAUUAUCUAAAGUCAACAGAGACAAGUUUCAUCUGAUGUGUCAUGGCUGAUCAAGCUAGCAUCUUAGUAGGGGGAAAAUAAUCAGCUACAAAAUUGUGUUUAGCAUCAGAAAUAAAUAAAGCAUGCAUAGGUACCAUUUUGAAAAAAAAAUGAACAAACAUAAAACAAACUUUAAUCAAAACUAAUUGAAAGAAUUGUUACCUUUAUAUAUGUGUUGUAUGUGUGUGUGUGUGUAGGACCUCCCCUAAACAAAUGUCAUCUGCUGUAGCCCAGCUUAAUCUUCACUGUAUUGUUUAAAAAUCAGUUAUUUGUCUGUUUUUAAAAUAUGUAAUGACACCAAUGUGCUGUUAAUAAUUAUCAGUUUUUUUUAAUGACAAAGGAAUGUAUAUCAUUAGUAAUUAGGGAUGUUCCUUCUGAAUCACUAAACUUAACUUUGACUGUAAGUAACCAAUAAAAACAGGGCUCAUAUCCUGAUUGAUGUAUUGAUAACAAUGUUAUUGUUAUCAAUGCUAUUACACCUCCUGCACUAAAUUUGCAAUUAGUGUCAUAUUUUGUGAUUAACUUUGGUUUUUUUUUUUUUUUUUUUAAUUAUUUUUUUGCUUUAAAAUACUAGUUGUAGAUAGCUGUGAAGCUCACAGCAUGUGUGAUAAUAUACUCUUUCACCCCAGAAUUAUUUUCCAGAUUUGCUCUCUUCCCUUUCACACCUUCCAGUAGGCUACACAGCAAAAAAAAAUAUUUUGAAACCUUUUUUUUUUCAUUUAACCAGAAUGAAAAGAAUAAAUGUUUUUAAAAUUGCCAUUUGAGUAAUCUUCACAAAAAAUGUUGUAUAAGGCUGGCAGGCAGGCAGCUUACAGGAAAAUUUAAAAAAUAAAUACAAUUUAAUAUGGCUGCCUAUUCAACACGAUUGAUGAUUGAAAACUUUGAUCCAAUCAGUUCUGGCUUUAUAUAACUAUCUGUGGUGUAACUUGAUUUUAUCACUAGCUUUGGUGUCACCUAAUUAUUAUUUUAUGGAUAAAACAUUUCAGCAGUAAAUAGUGACUUGGUAUCAAGCGAGAUGGGCCGUAAUCCUGCCUUUUAACUCUACAGGUUUUAUCAGAUCAUGGAAAUAACAUUCUUUCCAUACAUGUAAAACUUGUUUAUUAACACUGAGUAGCAAACUGCAAGCAUUCAACUCUACACUGUUGUAAAGGUUGACCCUUAUGAAAUUCUAGCCUAAGUACUCAAAUAUCUGCUUCAUCACUCAAAUAUCUGCUUCAUCAAACUCAAUAACUUGGUAUAUAGAACCAAGACACACUUCUCAAAUUUGCUUUAUAUUACUGCAAUCUUUUUGUUCUUACGUUUUUCUACAAAAGGUUACCAGUAUUUCUAGACUUGACAUAUUUAUGUGGGAUUUUUAAAAAAUCUGACGUGUUUAAUUUGUUGUGCGAAUAGUAUUUAGUAUUUGUUUUCUAAGUAGCAUUUUGAAAUUAAUUUAUGUUCAUUGUUGUUAAAAGUCAUAAUGAAUUUGUUCAAACCCAACAAGUAUGCAUUCUACUUCUACUAUGUAAAAUUAUAAUUUACAUAUCAUGAAAGUGUUCAUUAAAAACACAAAUACACUUUUUAAUUAUUUUAUCUUUAUCAUGUACUUGGAUACACUGCUAUGAGUGCUUAAUGGAAAUUUUUGUUGCAAAAAUUAUUUUAAUCUGUACUUUUUGCCAGGUUUUUUUUUUUAAUUUGCUUUCUGUUCAACUUUUAAUGCAACUGUUUUAAUCACAUACUUGCAAUUAAAAUAUAAAAAUAGACAAAUUUUCAAUUUAUAUUCAUAUACUACAUUUAGGUCUAAAAUUAUAGUUUAAACACUUAUUUUUGAUUUAAUUAGGCAAUUUAAUUAGCUACUAAAAGAUUUUUUUUUUAAAUAUAAAUUUUGCUUCCAUUCUGAAGUUUUUGAAUUUGAAAUAAAAUGUUGCAACUGUUAACCUGGUCCUAUUUGUGGACUGGACAAUCACCAUACCAGCCAAAAGGAAGUAAAAAUAUCUAAAUGCUCCUAGUUUUUCAGUUAUUAAUUGAUAACCUAAAAUGUUUUAAAAUUUCAAUGUAUGUUCUCAGAGUUUCUGCAGCAAUCUUGAUCUAUCACCAUUUCAUCUCCAGCUAUUUAUAGUCUCUCAAUCUUUAAUUAAGUUUGUGUCAUCUGGGGUAUUUAGAGGAAUAUUUUUAGAGAUCUACAUAGUAACUGAUUUUAGAAUAGAUUAAAAAGUAGUCAUUUUUUACCAGACAGCAUUACAAAUUGUUUUCCAAUUAAGAUUUCUGCUUUUCUAACAAUUUAAUUUUUUUUUUUUUUUGGAUAGAAGUAAGAAACACAAAGAUACAACACUGUCAAACAAUUUGGUUAAAUUACAGAGUAUUUUUAGCAAUGAACUUCUUGCCUUUUUUCAACAGUUUGGUUUCAAAUAAUUGAAUUUCCUACACGUCUUACAUCAGUUCAAUGAAAACAGUUGAAUGUUAUGAAAUAGUUUUUUUUAACUUUCAAUUGAACGUGUUCUGUACUGGUUAUUUGCUGCACCAGCUGUAAUCAUUGGAGGGUCUUAACAUGAUCAUAACUCGUGAAAUGGGCUUUUUUUUUGAAAUAUCAAGUCAAUUCUAUUGUAUCUGAUCAAUGAUUAAAAUGUUUCUAAAAUUUCUAAAUUGUGAAUUACAUUCUAUUUAAGCUUUAUAUAUUGAAAAGGGAAUACUUUAUAAUGAUCUUUCUUGGUUUUAUGACUUAAGUUCUUAGCUUUCAGUGAGUCUCAUAUAACACGUUUGAAAAAUUCUGCAUUUCUUUGUCACUUAGUAUAUUGUAAGACCUAAUGGAAUUUCAUUGGAAAUAUAUUUAUUUUAAAUUUAUAAGAAUUAUGGGUGGAAAUUUAUGAUUUUUUUUAACAUCUUCACUUUCGCAAUUUUUCAUUAUAUUACAUUUAAAACAUUUUUUUUUUAAUUUUUGCCUGAAUGCCUUUGGAAACAAAAUAUAAAUUUGAUUUAAUGCCUGACUUCCCUUUAUUUCUGAAAUACAUUAUAAUUACAUU